AUGUACCCAGAAUGCGGUACUCAGCACUGCUACACGCGCCCUAGCGCGAUUUCCGCUAUUCCGCUUCCGCCCCUUGAAGCGCCCCAUGAAGCGCCACUUGUAGGCGCGCCUCAGCAACCAGAACACGCCUUAGAACAACCAGUAGCUGCAGCUAUAGCGCCAGUACACGAAACACACGAAACACUUCCCCUUCCGCUUACUCCAACAUCGCCUAUUGUUGAAAUCGCCAUUGCACCAGCCUACAUCGAGGCGCCUAUAAUAGGCGAGCCUACAGAGCCCCAAAGCGACCCAGAAGAUCAGUUGGACGAAGUUGUUUUACCCCAGCAAGAAGUACAUGCGCCUACCGCUAUUGUGAACGCGCCAAACGCGCUACAAGACAAAAUUGCGUCACCCAUGGUCAGCAAUGACCUCAAACAUGCAUCGCAUUUUAGCGCGCCCAUUCAGGAGUAUUCUGCAGUGUCAGAGCUCCAAAACACGCCUUACAUUGACCAGAGUUUGUCUCUGCUAAAUCCGCUUGUUACUGAUGAUACCGCGCAUAUCGCGUGUUCCGCUUACAGUGACUAUCACGCGCCAGUCAAGCAUCCAUGCAUCGCAUCACCCACCCACCAUAUAGAUCAUGUCUCAGGCGACCCUGACGCGCCUCCUGUGCACCCUAUGGCGCCUGAGGUCGCGCAUGUCACGCACUUUGAGGCAUUGUAUAUUCAACCCUCGCAUAUUUCGCCUUUUUCGCUUAUUUCGCGUUUUUCACUCUCAUUGAGUUUUUCAUCAGUUGCUAAUGCUUCGCCUUUGCCUUCAUUUAAGCUUACCAUUAUUCCCUCACUUAGGCGCCACAGUCGCGCGCCUCACGCCUUAAUUCUCGCGCCUAAGGCGCCCAUCAUUACACCAAAGUUCUCCCUCCAUCGCAUUUUUACCACCUUAUCACUUUUAAAUCGCAUUCCUCACAUUCACCAUGAACUAUAUUUCAAUCAGCCAUUCAGGCGCGACUUAGGCGUGCGCCUGACACAUAAACAUCCACCUACAUCACUUCUUAUCACCAUUAACCUUGCAUCACUUGUCCUUACUUGCAUUUUCGCAUUUUCGCCAAUCGCGUCCAUAUCACCCUUUCAUUUUAUAUCAAACACCAUUCAUUCAUGA